UUAAAAAAGUAUUCAAACCAUAUUACAGAGGUGUUGUAAGAAGAUUGUUACCAUAUAAAAGCCACUCGGACCACCACCUCAGGAAGAGAGGUUCAAGUGACAAGCUACAGAGUGCAGUGUUAGGAGAAUAUUGGAAAGACCAGAAGUUGAUAUAGUAGAUAUAGCCAUGAUGAAAACUAGAAGUUGCGAUUUCCUUCUAUUAGUUGUUCUUUGGUUGGUAAUUUCUAGUAGUCAAGGGUGGUUAGCUGGAAGUCAAAACAGUUCUGGUCCUUCUCCAGCUCCCUAUCAUGGCUUCUUCAAGCCACAUGGGAUAAUUUUCAGCAUUUUGGAUUUUGGAGCUAAAGGAGGUGGAGUCUUAGAUGAUUCCAAGGCACUUCUAGCAGCAUGGAAGGCAGCUUGUAUAGUCCCCGAGGCAACCAUAGAGAUCCCAGCAAUGUUCAAUUUUCUAAUAAAACCAGUUACUCUUCAAGGCCCUUGCAAGUCUGACUUGGUUCUCAAGAUAGAUGGAACCCUCUUGGCACCUACAAGCACUGCUUGGUCAAUAUCUGCUCGCCACCAAUGGCUGAACUUAAAAUGGCUAAGCAGUUUUACAAUCCAAGGAAGUGGAUCUCUAAAUGGGCAAGGCUCUUCAUGGUGGAGUCACUCUGAAAAAACUAUGGUCAGUGACUCUCUGAAGAUCAAUAUCAAGAUUUUGAGAUUCUACCAGAGCUGUGAUGUAGUGGUUCGUGACAUUCAAAUCAUCAACAGCCCACUUUGUCACCUUAAAUUUGACGACUCAAGGAGGGUUAAGGUGAUGAAUAUCACGAUCUCCACACCACAAGCUAGCCCGAACACUGAUGGUAUUCACCUACAGAACACUACAGAUGUAGAGAUAAAGAACUCCAACAUUGGAUGUGGCGAUGAUUGUGUUUCCAUUCAGACGGGGUGCUCAAAUAUUCACUUACACCACCUAGAAUGCAGUCCAAGCCAUGGAAUCAGCAUAGGAGGUUUGGGGAAGGGUAACAGCUUGGCUUGCGUCUCUAAUGUCUAUGCUAAUAGUAUCAAUAUUCAAAAUGCACUAUCUGGAGUCAGGAUCAAAACUUGGCAGGGAGGAUUUGGGUCAGUCAAGAAUGUAACAUUCUCCAAAAUUCAAGUCUCUGAUGUUCAAAUACCAAUUGUGAUUGAUCAAUACUACUGUCACAAGAAAUCAUGCAAGAAUAAAACUGAUGCAGUAGCCAUCUCAGAUAUCUUAUACGAGGGAGUUGUAGGAAAUUACACAUAUCAACCAAUGAGGCUUGCUUGCAGUGAUAAUGUUCCAUGCACUGGUGUCAACCUAAUUGAUAUCCAACUUUCCCCAGCUUCGGUUGAGAGUGAUCACAGGCAGGCUUUGUGCUGGAAUUCUUAUGGAAAGGCCCUCGCUCCUCUCAAGCCCUCAAGCAUUAAAUGCUUGCAAAAGAAUGAUAGGCAGUUAAGUCCCUUCACCAAACCACACAUCUAUCUUUGUUAAGAAAGGGUAAAGGUAAAGAUUGGCAAAAGAAAUUCCAUAUCAAUUGGUAGAAUUACCUGAUAACUUGCUUCCCUUUUGAAUUUUGUCAAUAAAAGAAGGUGGCAUCAACUUUGUUUGGUCCAUGCUUGAGAUUUUUGAACAUUAAGAAGGUGCAGUUAGGCUUCAUGGCUUCAAACUCAACUAUCUGGUAGUUUUGCAUGAAUGUAAUGGGUUAUGAUUUUGCUGAAUAAAGUGCUCUAGCACACACUUUUUUUCUGAAAAAAAUUACAAAUAGCCAAAACUUCAGGC